ACUUGUACCGAUGACAAAUUGAUGAGCAGUAGCUUUUGGGACUCAUUGCAGCGUGUAGGUUGCGCAGAGUGGAUCCGGGAGAAAGCAUUGGUUGUUCGUGUGUCCCUUCGUGCGGCCUGGUGCCUGAGAUUGAUCACAAUCAGGAACCCUAGGAAUUUCAGAGCGUUUUUUGGGAUCUCCUGUGUAAGCUCUAGUGUAUCUCUGAGGCUGUUAAAAUUUUUAACGGUGAGGAUGGAGGGUUUUGGGUGCCCCAGUGGCCUGUUCUUCAUGAUUCUAUUAUCUCUGCUGGUCAUGAAGCUGAUCGCUGUUUCGGGCUCCCAGGCAGAUGGUGCCGUCAUCUUUAUAGACAGCAAUAUCAGGCCAGAGCAUUUGAGGAAGACUUCUUCCAUCGAAAAAGAGGUGUUUACAUAUGAAGAUAUAGCGACGUCAUUGGCAGUCCUUCUAGGAGUAGUCCCAAAAGUUGCUGUUGAUGAAAAAGCUGCCUCUAAGAUCGACUCUGUGGUGUCACCUAACUUGUUUUAUCGACCACGAGCUGUUCUUUCACUAAACAUUGGUGGAGUUGAACUUGAUUCCAUUCGCAAUGAAGCCACCCUGGAUUUGCUUGGCCUUGGAUCGUACCAGCAGAGCCCUUUGAUAGCAGAUAAUACACACCCCAGACGAAUUUCUGACGAUUACGUGAACGUAGAGGUGUUGACGAGCCUGGAUGAAGCUGAUACACACAUCGAAGUAUCUGAGCAAGACUUGGAGUUUGAAUUUAUAAGUACAUCCUACGUCUUGAACGGGGACUCUAAAACAGUGAAUACUAUAUCAUGGGAUAUGAGCAAUGGCGAAUCCUUCUCCCUAGAUAUGUCCAAUAGUGCCGACAGACUUUUCUUCAAAGAGUUGAUGGAAGUCUUCAGAGGCAUGAAGCGGGCGGUUACUUCACAGCAGUCUGUAGAACUGGAACAACCAGCGGAUCUUUAUUUUGGAACAUUUAAUGGAAUCAUAGAAUUUCGAGAUCAUUAUGGGAGCGGACAUCAGACUCAACUUGCUUCCAAGUUUGUGCUCUAUGCAAUGAACCAAGCUCUACAGUUUUUGCAGGCAAACUGCAAUGAUAAACUUGUGGGCGUUUUCACCUUUACGGAGAGCGCCAAUGAUUUUAAGGUCCUGACUACUGAAAGGGGAGCUCGGUUCCUACAAGCUGCAGCCCCAACCCCAGGAAAUGAAACAUAUCCUGAAGAGAUGGCCUUGCGCCUCGGAAACCAGGCUGUUAUUUUCUUCACUGUGAUCAUUUUGCUCGUGGCUCUCCUUCUCUCGACUUGCUGCAUGUUUACGAUGCCUUUGACGAAGGACUCGCUGCUUUACUCAGGAUUGAAAUUGGAUUAGGUGGGGAAUGCCUCUUUUGAUCUCUUUAGAUGAGCACAUAGAAGGUUUUCUCCUCCCAAAUUGAUGACAUAGCUAUUCAUGUGUUAUCGUGUCGGGGGUUUUAUGUAUUAAGGAAUGACAUUGGAGCUUCGAUCUGGAAAUUUCUUUUUCUUCUGUAGCAGGCGAAGGCAAUAGGUUACAAUCCUGCACUUCCAUCUAAUGUGAAUCUUUUUAUUAAUGAUUAUGGUGUAAAUUUACAGCAAGAAGAUUGGCAUGCUGUACUGCUGUCA